AGUCUUGACCGGUAUUUGUUACGCAGAUGAUCGUUAUUCAUUUGUUCGCGCCCGAAAUCGUGCUUAAACAAUCGCGAAUCUACAGCCGAUACGCGUUUUCUUCCGGAAUUGUUAAUGUGGAUGUGAAACAGUGUUAGUGAUCGACUACUUCAGUAAAAUGUUUGGAUUACGUGAGGAUUAUCUAAUUCAUGGUGGUCUUGUAAAUAUACACAACUAGGGAAUGUUUAUUUAGUUGUUCAGGCGAUUAAUAGAAAAAGAUUAAGGAAAGUUAACUCAGAAGAAAAAGAUGAAACAUAUUAGUGUGUAGUGUAAAGUGUGAUGGAUGGCAAAUUGACCUGGGAAGUGACAUUAAGUAAUGAAAUCAAUUUUCGACGUGUAUUUUAUAUUCUCGCUAUUGGAAUAUUCAACGGUAAUACUCAUAGGAUUUUUUCUGAAACUGGAAUGUUCACUCUGCUUAGUAGUUACUAAUUUUAUCCAGAAGUAUAUUUAUUACCUCAUCUAUAAAUGUGAUUGUUCUGGAAUUGUGGUAAUGAAACAGCAAAAUGUACUUUUUAGACGUAUUCCAAGCUUUCGAAUAAUUAUUCAUCAUCAGGGACUGAAACUAUGAUCGAAAUAUAAUGUAAAAAUAUAGGAUAUCCGGAUAUUGAAAGAUUGAAAAUUACAUUAAUUAAUAGAGAAUUGCAGUAUUACGAAUUUCCUCGGAAAUAUUAGAUUCAUUUGAUACAAAAACCAGCUUCGAAAUGAUAACAGACAGAGUUUGUUGAUUUGACAGCUCCACUGCUCCGACUAUAGGAGGACAUCGUAGUAAAAAGAUUUAUUAAACCCAGAAAACUAGUUUGUAAAGUCUAAUAUAUUUUUGAUGAAACUAGUUGGCUUAGUGAAAUUAUUUUAAAAACAUAUAAAACUCUUGCUCCAGCUAGACAUCCAAAUGUCGAACACCGCUUUGAAACGGGAAAAUACCAGUGCUUCGGCAAAUGUGUUGAUGUGCCGUCAAUGGUGGAAAGUGUGUUGGAUGUACGGUGAUCAAGAAAAAUAUUAUCGACAACUGUACGGUAAAAAAUCGGAAAAUAUCGAAAAAAGUUCGAGUCAAGGAUUACAAUACUUUCAAAAUUUUUACGAAAAUGCGUUAGCAGAUGAAAAAAAUGAGACUCGAGUGUGUGAAAGUUUUAGUGUUGAUGAAAUAAGGACGCCUUCGCCUAAUAAAGAUGGGAACAGUUCACCAGGAUUAGGAAGCUUGGAAUUAGAUGAAUCAGUUUGCCGAAAUUACCAAUAUAGCAACUCCAUGUCAAAUAACAACGACGGGGGCAUUGGUCCCAUAUCUCCACCAGUGUUACUGUCACCUAGCGGAAAAUUACCUUCUCCGGGGGGAAAACUUCCUUCUUUGGAUCCUACUGAUAGAUUUUUAGGAAAAGGCUCACCGUUUUCGCCAUCUAAUGGAGAUCCACAAAGACAUUCACAAAGCGAUGAUGACAGUGGGUGCGCGUUAGAAGAGUAUACGUGGGUACCUCCAGGACUCAGGCCCGAUCAAGUUCACUUAUACUUCAGCGCACUUCCCGAAGACAAAGUGCCGUACGUGAACUCGGUAGGAGAGCGAUACCGAGUGCGACAAUUACUUCAACAAUUACCUCCCCAUGACAACGAAGUACGUUACUGCCAUGCUUUAUCAGAUGAAGAGAGGAAAGAGCUCAGACUUUUUUCGGCUCAAAGGAAAAGGGAAGCAUUGGGCAGAGGAGCAGUUAGACAAAUACCUGGAAGUAUGCAAUGUGAUGGGUGUGAGGAAUCCCUCUCCGCAGGUGACAUCGGAGUAUUUGCUAGUCGAGCCGGCCCUAACACCUGCUGGCAUCCCGCAUGUUUCUGCUGCACUGUUUGUAGAGAGCUACUCGUCGACCUCAUCUAUUUCUAUAGGGAGGGUCGAUUGUAUUGCGGCCGUCACCACGCCGAAACUAUCAAGCCAAGAUGUUCCGCUUGCGAUGAGAUAAUUCUCGCUGACGAAUGCACAGAGGCAGAAGGUCGAGCUUGGCAUAUGAAACAUUUUUCUUGCUCGGAAUGCGAGCGACAACUGGGUGGUCAGAGAUACAUCAUGAGAGAUGGAAGACCUUACUGUUUGCAUUGCUUUGAUGCAAUGUUUGCUGAAUACUGCGACUCAUGCGGGGAACCGAUAGGCGUAGAUCAAGGUCAAAUGUCACAUGAAGGUCAACAUUGGCAUGCAACUGAAAGCUGUUUUUGUUGUCACACCUGCCAUACGUCUCUGCUAGGGAGACCUUUUCUUCCCAGAAGAGGAGCUAUUUACUGUUCCAUAGCUUGUAGUAAAGGAGAACCUCCUACGCCAAGUGAUUCUUCUGGUCCAAAUACUAGGAUACCACGUCAUCCCAUCAAAAAUAGACCUCAAAGACCUCCAUCUCCCAACGAAAGUAGUACACCUCCAUUAUCACCUUCGACAAGAAGGCAUUUGCCUCCCCGAUCUCCUACUGCUUCCUCUCCUUCCUCUCCUCCAGGUCAAUAUGUUAAUAGAUCUCCUACUAUUACCAGGUCCCCAAAAAUGGGUCGAAGAGCAUUACAAAGAUCACCAAAACCUAUUUCAAUACCUAGCACUCCUACACUAUCAGAUACUGGGACCAAUAUCUCACAAAAUGAAAAUAUAAAUGAAGAAACAACACCCAAAGGGUUACCAACUUCCUCCCCCAGCUGUCGAGGCUUAGAUAGAGUAUUAUUAGAAAGAAAUUUGGAACGGCUACUAACUGAAAGGGGUAACCAGGGACAUUCUUCAGAUUUAGAAAAAUUAUUAUUAGCAAGGGAUCGAAGUAGAGAACCUUUACAUUUAGCUGAUUUAAGUAUAGAUGAAUGGAGUACUCGAUCUGUUUCUGAUAACAAGAAGGAAGAAUCUGAUAAACAAAGUAAUAACGCUGGAGAAAAAGAUUCUAGUGCUGGUAAUAUUGAUGAGGCUCCACAACAUGCGUCUUCCAUGCCCGAACUUGCCAUACCAGGAGGUUCAAGCGAUACAGGUAAUUCAACAACCCCAGGGUCACCUAGUAAAAAAGGGAAAGGUCCACUUAGUGUUAGGUUUCAAGGAGAUAAUGAGGGAUUUGAAGGAGACGAAUAUGAUAACGCAAGCUUAGAAGCUUCUAGAAAGUUUCCUAGAAGCAAAAGUUAUUCCGGUAGACCAAAACAUGCAAGCGAUAAUCUUCCAAGAAAAGGUAAAUCAAGAAAAGAACAUUGUUCAAUUCCUCAACGUGAUAGAGCAAGCUCAAGAUCCAAGGAAAGAGAAGAUGAUACUGAAAGUUACUGUUCAACUUGUUCUUCAAGUUCUUCUAGUGACGACCUUGAUUAUCAAUUGCCACCAAGAAGAGCCUAUGGUGGUGUUAGAAUAUCUUAUGUUCCUAACGACACUCUUGCCAUAGCUAGACGGAGACAAGCUACUAUUCAAAAAUCUCCUAGUAAAAAGGGAAUGACAAUUGAUGAUAAAGAUAAAAACUGUGUUAUAUCGUGAUUCUCGACCAUGGUAUAUAGUUUAUCCUCUUUUAUGAAAUUGGGAAGAUGACAAAAUUAAUUACUUUCCUAUUUAUUUUUACUUGUACAAAUAAUGUGAAAUAUUAGGAUUAUAAACUACAGGUUCUCAUUAUGUUUUUAAAAACAAAGUAAGCAGCUUUAUAAAUAGAUGAAGAAACAAGUGAUGAUAUCGUUGAAAAAUAUAACUUUUUCAUCACAUUGAUUACAAAAUUAUACUAUAACUUCGAAUAAAAAUAUAUUACUUAUUUUAAUUCUGAUAAAUGUAAUGAAAUUGAUUUUGGCACUCACAAACUCCAAUAUAUGUCAAUUAAAGUCAGACAAAAUGUCGACUGAAUCAUCUACCUAAUUCAAUACAUUUUGUUAUUAAUGUACUUAUUCAAUAAACUAUAGUUUAAUACCAAGAAUAAAUUGCCAUAAAAUGAUUCAGAAAGAAAUAAUUUUGUAUCCAUCCGAAUAUCUAGCAAAGUUAUAUCACAUAUUAUCACUUGAAAAUUUUAAUUCUAUAUUACUCUAAAGAAUCUAUAUUCUUAUUAUCCACAAAAAUAAACAUACCUCCUCACUAAUCACAAAAAAAUUGAGGUAUUUAUUAAUACAUUUCGAAUAUGACCUUCAAUAUAUCAUUUCUGGAAAAAAAAUUGCAGUAUGUCAUAUUGCUAAGCUCUAAUCAUUAGGUUACUAGUGAAAAUAGACCCAGUCACUAAAAACAUUGUUAGUUUUAAACACAAAAGAGAGAAUGAAACACUGGAAAAUUAUAGAUUUUUCAAAAUUAAUAUUUCAAAUUGGAAAUACCCAAAGCCAUUUGAACUACUCUGGUUUAAUUUCACAACGUUAUUCAAUUUUACAAAAUAAACUAAGUAGCUACCUAUAUAAUUUGGACAGUGUAAAAUUUUACAGCUCUUACAGUUGUUAUUUUUCAAAAUUCCAAACGUUCUUCAUAAUUUUACUACAGUUCUAUUCAAACCACUCCAUCAGUUCACAAGCAAAAAUUGAUUUUGAUGAAAUGUUAUUUCAUAUAUUUCAAAAUUGUAUUUAUAAUUAAUCUCAUUAAUCCCAUUCUUAUUGGACAAACAAUUGCCAAAUAGUAUCAAUGAAAUUGAAUAUUUAUCCAGGGUAUGUAAUGACAGAACAAAAUUAGAUGCCUUGAUGUAUCUAUCCCAUGUAUUUAAGUUUAUAGUGUAGAUUAUUAUAUGUACAAUAUAUUCAAAAAGUCUGGAAUGAGAACUAUCCUAUAUUUUAGCAACAUAAUAUUUGUGACAAUUAAUGUAUUAGAUAAAUUUAUUUUCAUUACCUAUUAUUAGUUUACUAGAUCAGUUGAUCGAAUUGAUUCCAUGAAAAUAUUCAAACUUAAAUCUCUAGCUCAAAAUUAGGAAAACAAACACACAGUGCAUGAAAUAAUAGAUGCUGAAUAUAUAUUUAUCAACAAAUUUGCAUUUAUCAGGAAAUAUUUAAAAAUGUUCAAAAGGGUUAAUGUGAAGGAACUCUAAUUUUCAAUAUCAUACUCCUUCUUAUUAUUGCAAAACUAAUUAUGAUGUUGUCAAUAUAACUUUUACCACAGGAUAUCCAAUAUUUUGGUUAAUUGCUUCUUUCUUUAUCUUAUUAUAUUGACUUUGUCGUUAGAGUAAGGAAACAUAUCAAGAACAGAUUGAUGAUUUUAGAAUUAUGGUACAUGACAUUUUAAAUAUGAGGAAACAACUUAUAUGGAACACAGCUCCUGCUAUAGUUGUAAGCAGAAUGGUACCUACUGAUUAACUCGUACUUGCUUGUUUGUUGUUGUGCUGGCUCUUUUGUCAAGGUAUAAGGUCCAUAUCAAAUGUCACACUCCUCUUCAUUAUCCCAUUUACCUAUAUAAAAUAAUAGAAAUAAUUUGACCCAUAAUAUAAAUGUUUUUUUUUGUAUGUAAAUUUUCAGGCUACAUUUGCUAUGUUGAGUUAUAAUUUUUGAGUUCAAAUUCUUUGUAUUUUUAUUAAUGUGUGGAUAGAUUUACAAUGUAAAUUUGAUAAAAAAUGUACAACUUAAAAAAACUAUUUUGCAUCCUUCAGACCAGACCUAUGAAGUAAAAUAUCCAAGUACUUAAAAGUACAAAUCUUUUGGUUGACAUACCUCUACUAUUUAAGAAUAUCCCACUUUUCCGGCAUAUUUUCUACACGAAAUUGAGCGAAUUCUCGUUUUCAUUUUCAUUUGCAUAUUUUAUCAAAGUAUAUCUUGACCCUUUCUUCACAUAUUUAAUUGAAUUCAUAAUUAACUAAUAUUGAUCGUACUCUCCUAUACCAUUCUGCACCUGUUUCGUAUCCUCUUCCUUAAAUUGACGACUAAGAGAUUUUAGCGACCAUUUGUUAAGGCUUGUAGUUCGGAAGACUCCUGUUUUUCUCGAUACUUGAUUUUGUAUAGGAUUAAGCAAAAAAUUUAUAUUUGGGUCUUGUGAAAUCAAAGGUGAAUGCCUGCAUUAAUUUUUUUAAGAAGUACCAAUCUAUAUAUUUUAACUACAAAUGUGUAAUCUGACUAUCAAGUGUGGUGGAUUAGAGAUUUGAGGACGUUGACGUAUUUUAGAUAGUUUCUCUAUGAUUUUCUGGCAGUUCAAUAUUAUCCUAGAUGUGUAUUUCUUAAUUGUGAUUGAGUUAACCCUCUACUCCAUGAAUUAUUAUUUGUUCAGUCAAAAAAUCAAGUAUCAUAAAACAUGAUUUUAAUUGCUAAUUGAGAGGUAUAUCCCUAUAUUCAUGAUCUUUUUUUAAAUAUCUUUGUCUUUAGGUAACAGGAGAAGAGCCCACAUAAACCCAUUUUAGAUAGGUAUACCCGGAGUUUUCGAAGGGUCGGAUGGCCUAUUAUCCUCUUCUUAUUUCCAAACAACAUUCUUCAUUCUACCAAGAUAUAAUAUAUUUGCGGCAGUAUGGCCUCUAUGGGAAGUAAAGGUGAAUGAGGAUGAAUGUGGUUCUCGUUAUUGAAACUGGGAAGUUUCUUCAAUUUAAUAAAUAUAGAUUGUACAUAGAAAUGGGCUCAUAAUAAAAGGCUUCAAUCGUGCAUGCUUUUAGUUCGUUGACAAUAUUUAUUGGUUCAUAGUCUAUGUAUUUGUAAACUAAGUGGGCACUUCGCCCGACGCGCGAUGUACUUUAUUAUAUAAAGGUAUGGAAGAAAGAACCUGUUUUUUGGGGUCGUGCUGCAGUUUUUGUUUGGUAAGAUAACAUUGAAUGAAAAUUGAUACGUUGGAUGGAGAUGAGCUGGAGAUAUUUUGAGAAACUAUGGAUCUAUAAUUAGAGAUAAAUAAAAGGUGCGGUGAAAUUUUUUUCAUCAGCUAUACGUUAUGUAACCAAAUUAGUUACUUAAGAAGCAUCUUAAAGGAUUUGCAAUGUGUAUACUCCGAAAGGUUUCCAAGGUCAGAAUUAUUAGAAAAUAAACUAGGUUCACGGGAUGAACUACGUUGGAAAUUUGCAAUUUCUCGACGUUUCGGCUUCUAAAAUGUAGAUAUUAUCGAGUAAGGAAGGAAAGGGUGGUUAUUCAUUCAUUGAUAAGAAGGGAUCCAAACAAAGAACCCCUUUUGACUGAUUCGAAGGCAUAGAACCCCUUUUGACUGAUUCGAAUACAUUAAUCUGCCUUCUCCUUGGAAUUCCAAGAAGCUAUGCUUACCAACACCGUGAAUACUAUCACUAUCAAUGCUGAUUUUGAGCAACUAGUGAGCUAACCGUCUGAACCUUUUAAAAUUAAGGGAUUUAUAAGCAGGUUUUAACUUUUCGGUGCACUUUAUUGUUAUUGGCGGGUUAGGCAACAAUGUGUGGAGUGCGUCUUCUCGCUGAGUUUUAUAAAAAAAAAUUUAAUUUUAUGAACACUGGAAACAUUAGAACUGAGCGAGGGAAAUCAGAAAGGGGUUAAUGAAGAGAAUGUUUCCAGGUUAUUGGUAACCUCUAAUUAUCGUUUAAACACAAGGAUAAAGUCAAAGUAGAAAACGAAAUGACGAGAAUUUUCAAAUUUUCAACGCGAAUCAACCCGUGAACCUAGUUCAUUCGAUGUCUUUAAAUAUUACAAAACAAAGAGGGGUCCACUAACACAAUUGGUUGCCAAUCACUCUUUCUAUUUGUUGCUCAAUGCUGAUUUUUUUCCAUACACUAUAAAAUUCAUUAUCUUUCUUGACCUAACUAUUCUCAAAACCAUGUGUUAUUUCAAGUCUAUAAAAUAUGUCUGACUCCAUUAUUUUUUGUCGUACCUAAUCAUUUGAAUUGGACAUUAGUAGCAUCCUAUGGUAGAAAUAUUACAUAAAACAAUUAAAUCUUACAUAUUAUAUUAUGAUGAUUAUUGUGUUAGUUCAUGAAGUAUGCCUACUAGCCAACUAGUAGGUUCCCUUUGUACUCGUCAAAGACUUUAUGAAUACAUUGUUAUCAUAUGUUAAUUAAAUUGUACAAAUCAUAGUAGUAUACAAUUUUUUGUAACUGGACCAGGAGAAAAUCAUAUGCAAAGAAAAAUUUAUAUAGCUCACAUUACUGCUUCCAUAAUAUUUACGUAAGUGGAAAAAACAUUAUAUUUUAUUACUGUGUGAAUAUUUCAAUAAUCAAAUCAUGUGAAUUACAUAUUUUUCUCCUGUUCCAAAUGUAACCCCAAUUGAUAGCAUUAUUGUAAACCAAGUUGUAUCAGUACAUUGUAUAUUGUAUAUAUUGAGAAUUUCUUAAUAAAGACGUGUCGUAUAUGAAAAA